AUGAGGGGUCGUGUGUCAGAAGAGAUGAACAGGAAGCUUUUAGCUGAUUUCACGGCUGAAGAAAUUAAACAUGCACUCUUCCAGAUGCACCCUUCAAAAGCCCCAGGUCCAGAUGGCUUUUCUCCUUUAUUCUACCAACAGUACUGGGAUGUGGUUGGUGUCGACAUGGUGUCAGCUGUUCUUCACUUCCUCCAUACAGGUCAGUUGCUGAAACGGAUAAAUUAUACUCAUGUGGCUCUCAUCCCCAAGGUCCCUGACCCCAAAAAUAUGACACAAUUGCGCCCAAUCAGUCUGUGUAACGUUCUCUACAAAAUUGGGGCUAAGGUCUUGGCUAAUCGCUUAAAGGUCAUCCUUCCUGCUUUAAUCAAUGACUCACAAAGUGCAUUUGUCUCUGGGAGAAUGAUUUCAGACAACUCCAUUGUGGCCUUUGAACUCCUCCAUUUCAUGCAUAAAAGAACACACGGCAGGCAGGGAUACAUGGCUCUUAAACUAGACAUGAGUAAGGCUUACGAUCGAGUUGAAUGGAAUUUCCUGGAGUCCUUGAUGCUAGUGAUGGGUUUUGAUCCGCGAUGGGUCCAAUUAAUUAUGGCAUGUCUGACGUCAGUCUCCUACUCUUUCCCGUUGAAUGGAAACCCGGUUGGUUAUGUCAUCCCACAGCGUGGCCUGAGACAGGGUGACCCUCUUUCCCCCUAUUUAUUUCUCUUAUGUGCUGAGGCUUUCUCGGGGCUAAUCGUGCAGGCUGAACAAAACGGUACCCUCCAUGGUGUCAGCCUAUGUCGGGGAGCUCCCACUGUUAGCCAUCUUUUUUUCGCAGAUGAUAGCUUCUUGUUUUUAAAAGCAAGUCAAAGUGGUUGUGCACAGUUGAAACAAAUCCUCCAAUGCUAUGAGCAGGUGUCAGGUCAAAAAAUAAACCUUGAUAAAAGUUGUGUGUCCUUUAGUCGAAAUGUGGCGGAUGAAGACCAAGAGCUUUUUGCCACAACGUUGGGAGUUAGGCGAGUUGCCCAUCAUGACAGAUACUUGGGUCUGCCUACUCACAUUGGUCGUUCUCGGGGACAAUGUUUCAACUAUCUUAAAGAUUGCAUCCUGGAAGAAAAUACAGGGCUGGAAGGCAAACAAAUGAUGGCUUCCUACUGGUGGGGAGAGCAAGAAGGAAGGCGAAAAAUCCAUUGGUUAAGCUGGAAGAACUUGUGUAGACCAAAACAUGAGGGUGGUCUUGGUUUUCGGAAUCUUUAUGCUUUUAAUUUGGCUUUGGUAGCCAAGCAAUUAUGGCGUUUGGCUCAUAACCCACACUCUCUGGUGGCUCGUCUCCUCAAAGCUCGUUACUAUAGGGACUGCUCCAUCUUGGAGGCCACUCUGGGAAACUCCCCCUCUUACGUUUGGAGAAGCCUGUGCCAGGCUAAAGUGGUCCUUGAGAGAGGAUCCCGCUGGCGAAUUGGUGACGGCCAGACUGUUCGUAUUUGGGAAGACAGAUGGUUGCCAACUCAUGUUUCUUUCAAGGUCUUGUCUACUCCUGUGACGGAGCAUGGUAAUACUUGUGUCAGUUUCCUUAUUGAUCCAGUUACUUUGCAAUGGAAGACAGAUAUUCUAGGAGCUUGGUUUUCUGCGGAAGAAGCAGCAAUCAUACAUAAAAUUCCCUUGAGUUUCCGCCAGCCACCGGAUACGUUGAUCUGGCACUUUGAGAGACAUGGCCAUUACUCAGUUAAGAGCGGAUAUGAGGUAGCAAGGCAAUAUCUUCUCCAAUUAGGGGGGGAUGUCGUUCAAACCAAUGGUACGGCCAAUGGGAUUACUGCACCAGUCUGGAGGAAAAUAUGGGAGGUUCGUGUCCCGCCGAAGGUCCGCCUCUUUUUAUGGAGAGCCAUGCUAAAUAAUCUGCCCACCAAAGUCAACUUAAAGAGGCGGGGCAUUGCUGAGCUGGGUGGGUGUGUGUUUUGUGGAGAGGAGGAAACCGGCUUUCAUGUAUUUGUGCAAUGCCCAAUGGCUAAAGCGGUUUGGCAUCACUGUUCAUGUUGGGGCUCUCUUCAAAGGGUUGUGGCUGUUGACCUCACAGCGUGGUUCCAAGAUGUUGCCCUCACCCUUUCAGCCCCUGAGUUAGAGCAAGUCAUGAUUUGUAUGUGGGCUCUGUGGAAUGAACGUAACCAAGUGGUUUGGAAUGACCGUCGGCGGAGUGUGUCGGAAAUUGUUAGUGGAGCCAUCCGGAUGUUGCAUGAUUCUUAUGAGCUUCAACCUCCUUUGAUCCAUCCAUCUAGAGUCAAGGCGAAGUGGCAGCGUCCCCCCUUGGGGUCUAUCAAAAUCAACCUGGGGGAGGCUUGUCGAGGUGCAACAGGGACUGGGGGGAUUGGAGUUGUGGUUCGUGACUAUGAUGGCACUUUUCUUGCAUGUAAACUAGUGGUUGUUCAGGGGGUUUCCAACCUUUUGCAUGCAAAAUUGCUAGCCUUGAAGGAGGGGCUUUUGUUUGCCCAAAGAUGGCCUUAUGUGCAGCGGCUCAUUGAAGGUGUUGGUCAAAGAGUUGGUAUUGUUCUAAGCCAAGUAUCACAGGAUUUGUCCCACUUUGGUUGCUUAGUUGACGACUGUAAACUGUUACUAGUGCAGCAGGGCAGUAUAUUAGUACAACAUGUGAUGAAGGAGGCUAAUGAGGCGGCUGCAAGACUUGCUAGGAUAGCUUUACACUCCCACGGAGCGGCUGAGUGGUUCGGGGACCCCCCAGUAGUUUUGCUUGAUGCCUUAGUGGCAGACUCUUUUUAA